UGACUAGUGAGUGCAAAGGCACCGUGUACAUUUCAUGUUUGGGACGGAUUCAGAUGACGAGGUGGUCUUUGUUUCCGAAAAGGUUGCACCUAUAUCCAGUGUGAUUAUCAUUGAUCAGGCAAAGCGAUUGGCUCUGCAGAGAGACAUUGAUCUGGAAUCCAAACCACAGCAGUUAGCCAAUACUCUGACAAGCCAAAGGUCUGUUGCUGUGGAGAGGCCAGAAGGAAAGGUGAAAAUGAAGGUGGAGGAUGUGAAGGAUGAAAAUCCCGUUAAGAAAGAGAAGAAACGAAAGACAGGACAAAACUGCACUGUUGAUGACGGGAGCUCAGCAGGAAUGAAAAAAGAAAAGAAGAAGGUCAAAGGUGUUGAGGCAGCGGUUAAAGAAGAACAGCCUUGGGAUGGAAGUGAUGAAAAGGAAAAGAAGAAAAAGAAGAAGAAGAAGGAGAAAGUUGAGACUGACUCUUUGAAUGAUGUCAAUGGUUCUGGUGUCACGGAUGGAAAUGAUGAAACAGUCGGCAAAAAGAAGACAAUAAAGAAACAGCUGGCUGAGAAUGAGAGUGAACAGGACUCAAUGAAAGAUGGAGAGGAAAAGAGAAAGAGAAAGGAGAAAAAAGUAAAGAAUAAGGCUUCACAAAUUCAACCAGAAAAUGUAAAGAUGGAAGAAAUAGAAAAAGAGGGGGAGAAAGUGUCAAAGAAGGUUAAGAAAGAAAAAAAUGAGAUUGUAGUUGCGAGCACAGAGGAGACUGAGGAGUGCAUUAAAGAAAAGAAAAAUAAGAAAAACAAAAUUGCUGAAGAAGUUGAAAUAAAUGUAACAAAAAAGAAAAAGAAAGCUAAACUAACUGAGAGUGAAGUGAAGCUGGAAACACCAGAGGAAGACGAUGAUGAAGUUGAGGUGAUGGUAAAAAAGAAGAAAAAGAAAAAAGCCAAAACUGAACAUGAAGAUGAAACCAAAGAAGAUGAACAUGAAGUAGAAACACAGGAAAUCAAAGGCAAAAAGAAGAAGAAGAAGAAGGAGAAAGCAGCAUCAAAUAGAGAUGAACCUGAAGCUGAGAUUCAGGAGGAAAUGGAAGAGAAAGACAUUGUGGUCAAAAAGAAAAAAGACAAAUCUAUAAAGAGUGAGAUUAUUAUAGAAGAAGGGAAGACAAGGUUGAAGACAAAAGGAGAAAAAAAGAAGAGAAAAAAUGCUGAGGAGGUCAGUGGUGUGGAGGAGACAGAAACAAAGAAGAAGAGGAGGAAAAAGGCCAACUUAGAAGGAGAAGAACCAUUAAUACUCAAAUGUGAAAUGGAGGAGGGACAGAGUAUGGAAACUGACACAAGCAAGAAAAGCAAAAAAAAGAAGAAGAGCUCUAAGGAGGAAACACAGGUGGAGAAUGUGUGUAUUGAAACUGGUGCAAAAAAGAAAAAGAAGAAGAUCAAACAAGAGGUGGAGGACGACCAACAUGAGUCGGCCCAAGUAGAUGUGGUGUUCCUGUCCAAGAAGACUGGAAACACUGAUGAAGUGAACAUCAACCAGGAGAGAAGACAGGCUUUACAAAUGGAGAUUGACAAGGCCUCUCAACCUGCAAAACCAGCUGCACCUUCGGGUUUGGGCCAGUGGAGCACUGCCCAGUUCAGCAGCUCUGAUCAGCAGCAGAAGUUCCUCAGGUUGAUGGGUGGCUUUAAAAAAGGUUUCCAGCCGGCAGCGGCAAGCACCGGAGGAGCAAAUAUGGCACUGGGGAAAGAUGGACAGCAGCAGUUACAGCAAAAUCUGUUGGGAGAGUUUGAGCGCGCCCAGUCACGCAGAAUGGACUUCAAUAACAGGGGGUCAGGACUUGGUUUCACCGCCCCAUCUAAUAAGAAGUUCUCCAUUGACAUCAGUGCAACCCGAUCAAUCCGCUUUGAUGAUUGAUUAAGGUGUGUGUGGUACGGUUGUGCUUGUACUGUUUUUAUCAGUGGAAUACAUGUGAUUUCAUAUGGAACUUUUUAAUUUUUUCGUCUUUCGUCCUUUUUUUUUUUUUAAAGACACAUUUUGAGCCCAGUUGUUUUGUUUUUUUUCAUUCUCAUAAUGAGACUGUCAUGUACAUUGCUGAUUUUAGCCAUAUCUUGAGAGCACAUUAGAGUAUUUUUCAUAUGAGGAAUUAUAUUAAGGCUUUAAGGUGAGGA